AUGCAUUUUGAAUAUGAUCCAGAAAGAUUAAUAGAAGCAGUGAGGAAGCGUCCUGGGAUAUGGGAUUUCGAAGAUGUUGCAUAUCGUGCAAAGGCAAUGCGUCAAAAACUAUGGACGGAUGUUGUAAACGAACUUAUGGAGGCUGACGUAAAGGUCACGAAGAGUGAAAUGCGGGAACUCGAACUACAACUGCAGAAAAAAUGGAAAAGCAUACGAGACUGCUUUCAAAAAUACGUAAUGAAUCAAAAGAGAUCCAAGAGACCAUACAUCUACAGCAAAAAGCUACAGUUUCUUCUCAAAGGUCAAGACCCCACUGAACCGUGCGCUUCAACAGACUCUGAGGGGGGCGAUAAGAAGUCCAGUAUUUGGAAAACGAAAAGAAAACUGAAAAUAAGAAAAGAGAGCUCCGAUGAUGAAGAUAACGACAAUUAUAAUGAUAUUGAAGAUUCAAAAUCAAAUUGCUCCAACGAAAUCAUCGAAACACAAACGCCCGCGAAAAAAUCUAAAAUGAACAGCGUUGUAGUAGACGAAUUCGCUUUCGCUAAUGUCGACUCUCAGGUGAUGAACGAUUCAGAGGACUGUGAUAAAUUAUUCCUUCUGUCCCUUCUGCCACAUUUAAAGUCGAUACCGGAAGAAUUUCGAUUGAAUGUCAAAAUGGAAAUGAUGAACGUACUCCGGAAUGCUAAUUUAAGAACAUCCAUAGAUCAUAAAAUACUUUGA